AUGCCUCCACGAUUGGCCCAUCGAAAGUCUCGCACUGGGUGUCGACGCUGCAAGGAGCGAAAGGUCAAAUGUACCGAAGAACGCCCCAGUUGUGCCGCAUGUGCCCGUCACGGUGUUGAUUGCGAAUACAUUGAGAACUCUUCCUUGACCGUCAAUAAGGCGGCGUCCGUGUCACAUCAGCCACAAGCCGGACGUUCGCCAUCCAAAAAACCGUCCCCGGCACAGGUUCGCGAGCAGCCUGCUGCUGCGUCGAGCAGCUCGCGGAGUCUGUCCGAACACGAAGCCACCGUGAGCCCCCCGAGCGGAUUGGACGUGCCUUAUUCCAGAAACCUAUCGGGUGUGAUCCCAGACGACCUCCGCUCCCAGAUCGAACUGUACCUCAUCCACCGCUUCAAGUCCUCGGUCAGCCAGAGUUUCCCGUCGGCGCAGACGCCGCACCUGAAGGACAUUUACGUCUGGCACGCGACCGAGGCGGCGUUUGACCACCCGUACCUUCUCAAUGCCAUCUUCGCCGUCACUGCGCUCUACCUGUGCAUGUGCCAAUUGCACAAACUCCACGAGAACCACGCCGUGCAACUCCCCAAGGCGCUCCAGCACGUCGACUUUGCCCAGGUCCACCGGACGUACCUGAACAUCGCCGUGUCGCAGGAGCGCGACGAACUGUCGUCGUUGGGCCCCCACAACGCCGACGCCGUGGGUUUGACGUCCAUCCUCCUCUCCAUCAUGUCGACUUGUCUCCUCUCAGAUGCCCCCGUGGCCCACGGCGCCGAAUACUCCCCGCCCAUGCAGUGGCUGACGCUCUCCGCGGCGGUCCAGACUGUCUUCCAGGAGGCCGUCCCUUACCUCCACGAAGGCGCCAUGAUGAGCUACAUGCGCGCGUCCCGCGAGCCCAACCUGACCGACACGGACACCCUGUUCCACCCCAACAACACCGUUCCCUUCCACAGCAUCCUGGAGUUCGAAGACCCCGACAGUCCGUACGCCGACCAGCCAGAGACAAAGGCCGCCGACGGUGAAGCGUACCACAGCGCCCUGGCCAUGAUCGGGAGCAUAUUCAACGCCAUCCGCGCCGGCGAGCCCAAGCACUACCUGUGUAUGCGGGUGAUGGCGUUCGGACCCAUCGUACCCAAAUCGUACGUUACCCUCCUCGCGCAAAAGAGAGCCCGUGCCAUGGUCAUCCUGGCGUACUUUAUGGUCCUCGUCAAGUAUCUCGACAGUUAUUGGUGGUUUCAGGGCCGCGCGGAAAAAGAAAUCCUGGGCAUCAGGAGUGCACUCCCGGACAGGUGGCAGUGGGCUUUGAGGUGGCCUUUGGCCGUGCUGGCGAACCCCGAGUAUGCAAAGUCCGACCCGGCCACAUAUUAUCGGGACAUCAGCCUGGUUCAGAAUCACGCCGGGGUUCACACGAUGGGUCCUGUUUAUUCUAAUGGCAAUACCCCAUCGUCAUCAUCAUCACACUCUCCAUAUUCUGCGGCAAGGAAUUCGUGAGUGAAUACGAUAAAGAUCACGACAACGACACCGAAUGACGGAGUACCUGAAGGGGAAUGCAAGGGUCACACAUACGAUACAGCAUUUGCAAAGGACUCGCCAUUCCAAAUAUAUGUACUCCGAACGCCCUUUGCAAAUGUCAAUGAAUCGGCAGAGAGACACCCUUUUUACCCUACCCGUACAGAAGAGUGCCUCCGUCGAAUGAAACGAAUCGUCUCUCAUUUUCGAUCAGGAACAAUAUCCCAAGCAGCAUCAAAACCAGGCCCUCGCAUCCACUUAUCAUAGGUCCCUGGAUAGUCCUCGGUCGAAUCAAGGACCAUGUUGGCGAUCUUCAACCACAUCUCUGUGCCCUUGAUGGGAAAUUUGGACGCGAUUGUCUCGUCCUUACUAUCCUCGUACGGUCGACAAACGAUACUCCCGUGAUGCAAGGCGCGGAUGAACUUGACCACGUGUCCGUCACAGGGCAUGUUUUUGGCACGUUCAAUCACCUCGGUCCAGUUCAUGCACUGGUCCCCCCGACGGGGCUUGUACGUCGUGAUCUCGUCGGUCAGAAGCUCCGGAAAACCCUGGGUGGCGUACAUGACGAGGCCCAUGCGCACUUUGAAUUCGAGGAGGCGGAAUUUGGUGUGCUCGUCGAGAAAAUCGAGCCUGGCAAAGACGGACAGGAAGAUGGAACAGUUGACCGAGUGCAUGAGAAAAAAGUCGAAUUUGGCGGCCUUUGCGGGAUUCUGGCACGCACUCGCCAUCCAUGUGAUCACGUCGAUCAUCUCGGCCGUGCGGAGUUGGACCUCGUCUUCGCCCAUAGACCUGUCGAGGGUGUAUGAAGCGGCAAC